UUUUAAUUUUUACAAUACUGCAAAUUUCAAUUUAAUCAAUUAAAAAACAUUUCUAAUACAUUGGUUCAUUUGAAUUUUUGUUUCUAUAGCAAUAGGAUAGAGUGGGGAUAGAAGCUAUAUGAAAUUGUAUGUAACGUGUUCCUCGAGGUACCUCGUUACAAAAGUGCUCCAAUGCGGGAGUAAAAAGUUCUUUCAUUCAACGAGAAUGCUAAAACGAUCUCUUCAAAGUCCACCUGAAAAGAAAUUAAAGCCAAAUCAGAGCACUAGUAAUUCUAUAAAAAAUUUAAAUACUUUGACAGAACAUAACCACUCUACCUCAAUGGUGGUUGACAACAUGCAAAGUGAAAAUCAAGUUGAGAAUGAAGAAAACAGUCUAAUGGAUACAUCACAGAUAAAAGUUACAUACUUAGACCCGCCAGUUAAAUCUGAAAAUGAUAAAAAGGAGUAUAGAGUAAUUCAACUAGAAAAUGGUUUAACUGCUUUACUAAUAGCAGAUUUACACUCGCCGGGCUCGCAAAAUAAUAAUGCCAAUAAAGGGGCUGAGAUAACUAGCAAGGACGAAGAGGUAACCAGUGAAGAAGAGUCUGGUAGCGAAGACGAAAGCGAAAAUGAAAGCACAGACGAUGAAUGUGGCUGCGAUGGAAAAGAUUCAACCUCCAGUUCUAAACGGUUGAAAAGAGAUGAAAAAAUGGCUGCGUGUGGAUUGUCUAUUGGAGUGGGUAGUUUCAGCGAUCCACCAGAAAUUCCAGGCUUAGCACAUUUCUUAGAACACAUGGUUUUCAUGGGAUCUGAAAAGUAUCCUCAGGAAAACGAUUUUGAUGCAUUUAUUAAAAAAAGAGGCGGUUCCGACAACGCCUGUACGGACUGUGAAUCAACGACAUAUUACUUCGAAAUACAAGAGAUACAUCUUUUAGCAGCGCUUGAUCGCUUCGCUCAAUUUUUUAUCAAUCCCCUAAUGAAAAAGGAUGCCAUAACCAGGGAACGCGAGGCUGUAGAAAGUGAAUUUCAGAUGGCUUUACCCUCUGACGAUAACAGGAAAGAGCAAAUAUUUGGUAGUCUAGCAAAGGCAAAUCAUCCAUCAAGGAAAUUCGGUUGGGGUAAUUUAGUAACCUUACGUGACAACGUGUCAGAGGAAAAAUUGUACGAGGAGCUGCAUAAAUUCCGAGAACGUCAUUACAGCGCCCACAGAAUGAAAGUUGCCAUACAAGCUAAACUUCCAUUAGACGUACUGGAAUCGUACGUGAAACAAUGUUUCGUUAACGUACGGAAUAACGGUCUGCCGGCUGAUGAUUUUAGCAUGUUCAAAGGCGCUGACGCGUUCCAUACACCGAACUUCCGACGGAUCUAUAAAAUGAAACCGAUCAGAGACGUCCGUCAAGUGGAUCUAACGUGGUCCCUGCCGCCAGUACAGCAUUUGUACAAAAGCAAGCCGCACGAGUAUAUCUCAUGGGUGCUGGGUCACAAGGGGAAAGGUUCUCUGAUGAGUUACCUGAAGAAAAAGAUGUGGUGCCUUGACAUAGAUAUUGAUAACGCGGACAGUGGUUUUGCGGACACUUCUAUGUACGCCUUGUUCACUAUAUCCCUAACGCUUACAGAGGAAGGCCAGAAACAAUUGCCAGAAGUAUUAAACGCUAUAUUCUCGUUCAUCAACCUGAUGCAAAGGGAGGGCCCACAGAAACGGAUUUUCGACGAGAUGCAACAAAUAAUGGAAACGAAUUUCAGAUUUUUAGAUGAAAUACCGCCGGCAGACUACGUGGAGGAUUUAUGCGAAGAUAUGCACUAUUAUCCUCCUAGGGAUUAUUUAACUGGUGGGGAUUUGUACUUCGAAUACGAUCCGGAAGGUAUAGAAACGUAUAUGAAGUGCUUGACAGCCGAGGACGUGAACAUAAUUAUUCUGGAUAAGAAAUUCAACGAGGAGGAAUUCGAGAAAGUCGAGCCGUGGUUCAAGACGAAAUAUACAGACAUAGAAAUACCUAAAGAAUGGAUAGAACGUUGGAGAACGAUAGAACCCCUGGCAGAGUUUCAUUUACCAUUACCGAAUGUUUUCCUUACCGAUGAUUUCACUUUGAUCCCGAUACCGUCUGACGUGUCCAAGUAUCCGAUAAAAAUUCAUUCGGACGAUAUAACUGAAGUUUGGUAUCGGCCUGAUCCAAAAUUCUGCGUCCCCGAGUGUUAUAUGUAUUUUAAUAUCGUAAUACCGAUGGCGAUCAGUUCUCCCAAGAGCGCAGCCCUGCUGGAACUGUUUGUUUUGAUACUGAAACAAUUGUUGGUGGAAAAAUUAUACCCAGCUACAGUUGCAAGAUUGAAUUCCGAGAUGUAUACGAGCGACAGGGGUAUACUGCUAAAGGUGCACGGAUUUAAUCAGAAGUUACCACUUUUGCUAACGAUUAUUGCCAAGUAUAUCGCAGACUCGGCGAAUCUCGUAUCAGAGGAGCUGUUCGAGGCGAUGAAGGAGAAGACAAUCCAGGAGUAUUAUAAUAUAUUUCUAAAGCCUAAAAAGUUAGUCACAGACGUGGGUUUGUCGAUAUUGAUGCUAGUCCAUUGGCCCGCCCUCGACAAGCACGUUGCCAUUCGCAGUGUCCAAUACGAAGAGUUUCGAAACUUUAUUAAAUACGUUACUGAUCAUGUUUACAUUCAGUGUCUGGUGCAGGGUAACACGAGGAAAGAGGAUGUUGUAAAGAACGUUAAAGAGUUUGUGGAAACGUUAAAAUGUGGACCAUUGCUGGCUAACACUAUGCCACAGAUCAGAAUUGCACAGAUACCAUUGGGUUCAUAUUGUUGCAAAGUAAAGAAUUUCAAUAAAACCGAUGUGAAUUCAGUGGUAAUGAAUUAUUAUCAAUCUGGUAUUACAUCCAUCAGAUUAUCAGUAAUCAUUGAAUUAAUAAUUAUGAUCAUGGAGGAGCCUCUUUUCAAUCAGCUCAGAACUCUAGAGACAUUAGGUUAUAAUGUAUUUUGCCUGUUAAGAGAUACAUUUGGUAUCCUCGGAUAUUCCGUCACUGUCCAUACUCAAGCGGACAAGUUUUCCACAGAACACGCGGCUAACAGAAUCGAAGCCUUUCUACAAAUGUUCAACGGUAUUUUAAAAGAAAUGUCGGAUGAGGAUUUAGAGAGCAUCAAAGAGGCACUGACGAAACAAAAAUUGUGCGACGAUGUUCAGUUGAAGGAGGAAGUGAAUAGAAACUGGCCAGAAAUCGUGUCGGGCAAUUAUAUGUUUGAUAGAAUUGAAAAAGAGUUACUUAUGAUUGAGCAGAUAACGAUAGAGGAACUGAGAGAAUGGAUGAUUUCUCACACGCUUAAUGGAAAGAAUUUGAGAAAGCUGAGCAUCCACGUGGUUGGAACUUCUGAACCUAAAGAAAACAAUGAUAGUGAAUUGGAUUUAAAUGAACAAAACUCUAAUUCGACACUGGAAAAAGUUGCAAACGUGAAGUAUCCGCUUACUUAUCUUCCUAUCACAGAAGAGCUUGAAGAUAAAUCUUCUGUGCAUUGUAUCACUGAUAUUCAAGAAUACAAAAGCCGGUUGUAUUGCUACCCCUCAAAGCAUACUCCUAUUUAAGCAACUUAUAUAAUGAAUGAGAAAAUAAAAUGUGAUGAAUGUUACGAA